UUCAUCAGGGAGCGUUGCUGCGCUGUCGGUCUCGUUCGUCAAGGGUCCAGAAACAGGUGGAACACAACUAACCGCGAUAGUGGAGUUAUGGUCAACAUAAAGACUUAGAGAUCUUUGAAUCGAGCAGAAAUCUGAAGGUGAUGGAGUUCCAGUUUAAGUUGUUGCUUGUCGAGAAAAAUCUGAACAAGGAGGAAGUGCAGGCGCUGGCGUUUCUUUGCUCAGACCUGAUCGACAAAGACCUGAACUGCGUGAGUGCUAAAGACCUGUUUUCUCUCCUGGCGGACUCUGAUCUCCUGACCGCAGAGAGCCCCGAGCUUCUCGCGGAGCUGCUCUGCAUCUCUAAAAAGAACGGCUUACUUCGGCGGUUGGAUCUUCAGUCACCUUCAAAAAGCGUUGUCUCCCCCUACAGAAAGCUGCUGUUUGACCUGUCAGAGAACAUCACGGAAGAUGACCUGAAGGGCAUUAAGUUCCUGCUUCAGGACAUAUUGCCCCGCAGAAAGCUGGAGGACAGCGUGACAAUGCUGAAACUUCUGUGGGAGUUGGAAAAGGAGGAUCAUCUGAGCGAUACUAACCUGGACACACUGGAGAAUAUCAUUGGAAAAGUCUGUCCCAGUUUAAAAAAAAGAAUCAGCCGGUAUAAGACAGAAAAUGUGUUAGCAGGGCCAGUCACCCAGGAGACAGGGACCGCAGGGGUGACCAUGAGGAGGCAUUUGUCUGAGAAGAUUCCAACUGUAUCUACUGGAGAUCAGGCUUCAUUCUCACAUGCCAGACCUGCUUCCAUGGGAAGUUUUCCAGAGGGCGCAGCUCGGAGCUUGUGGGAGCCGUUGAGGUGCGCGAGCAGUGAGGUGCUCUUACCCCCAUCCUGCUUCACAUCACUGCCACGCUCCCAAGUUCAGGGACCCUACAAUGUGAACUUCUUUGAACAUUCCUCUGCUGGAUUAUUUGAAACUCAGGACAACAGUCUGGAGGGAUUAUCGCUCAGGUUUAGCCAGUUUAGCAGCAGUGAGGACACAAACAUGAGUUGCUCCUCAGAGCAAAGCCUCCAUGUUGCAUACUCCUCCUCAUAUGAAGAAAAGAACCUUAGUGCUACAGAGCCUCCUCUAGGUGAAAACCCAGAACUAGAAGCUUAUGAGAUGAAAGGUGAGAGGAGAGGAUUCUGUUUGAUCAUAAACAACUUCGACUUCUCAAAGUCACAGUCAUUAGGCAACCGAGAGGGAACGCACUUAGAUGAGGAGAGCUUGAAGGAAGUCUUUGAGUGGCUGGGCUUUGAGACACGCACGGAGCGAGACUGCAGCAGGAAGAGCAUGCUCUGCCUGCUGGAAGCCCUGUGCAGAGAGGACCACAGCGCCACGGACUGCCUGGUCUGCUGCGUGCUGAGCCACGGCCUGGAGGGGAUGGUGUACGGCGUGGACGGGGCCGAGGUGCCCCUCAGAGAGAUCACAGAGCAUUUCUCGGGAAACAGGUGUGCAUCGCUGAAGGGAAAGCCCAAGCUGUUCUUCAUCCAGGCGUGCCAGGGCAAGAAGGAGCAGCGGGCCGUCUUCGUCGAGUCCGACAGUCCCGUCCCGGGCUCCGCCCGCACUGAGCUCGCCAGCGACGCGUUCCUGCCCAGAGAUUCCAUCCCGGAGAGCGCCGACUUCCUGCUGGGCAUGGCCACCACGCCAGAGUUUGUGUCCUUCAGAGAUCGGAAGCAGGGCUCCUGGUACAUUCAGUCUUUGUGUGAGAACCUGAAGCUGCUGGUACCCAGAGGGGUCGACCUGCUUUCCAUCCUGACGAAGGUCAACUGCGAUGUCGGAGGCAAGUCGGACAAAGCUGGCUUCAGGAAGCAGAUGCCUCAGCCUGUGUACUCGCUUCGGAAGAAGGUCGUCUUCCCGAUACCCAAGCUUCCGCCGCCAGGGGCCCAAGGGCAGAUCAUGGCACAGGACCUAAAGGGACACCCCUGACGUGCCACACAGAGGCACCAUCCCCACACUCCAGACCUCAAACAGCGCCAGCUGUCUCCUCCUGUUUACAUCAGUGAUGUUUUACAUUUCAGAAUAUUUUCAAAAUAUUUUAAUAUAGCAUUAUUUAAAGUAGAAUAGAAACAA